UAUAAGAGAGAGAAACUGAUAGAGAGAGGCUGAAACUCCAAGAAAGAAAGAUUUAACUUUACUGUGAGAGUCGUUGCGCUUCUUCCAUCUCAACCAAAAAAACCAUCUCUCAGUCCCAAAGCAACCAAAUAUGGUGUAUUGGAUUUCUCUUUCUUCUAAUGUUUUGAAGGUUAGUGGAUUUUCAGGAAAGCUUUUUGGAGGACUUGGGUUUUAGGUUUUAAAGGGUUGCAAAUAUGAGUGACAAUUUGAUGGAGAAAGUAAGUGCUUUUGGUGAACGCCUCAAGAUUGGAGGUGUGGAGGUGGGCCGAAAGAUGAGUGCAGGCAUGAGCUCAAUGAGCUUCAAGGUAAAGGAGCUUUUCCAAACCCCAAACCAGACAGAUAAGCUUGUUGAAGAUGCAACCUCAGAGGACCUUGACGAGCCUGAUUGGGCUAUGAAUCUUGAUAUCUGUGACAUGAUCAAUCAUGAAAAAAUCAACAGCGUUGAAUUGAUCCGUGGAAUAAAGAAGCGGAUCAUGUUGAAGAGUCCUAGGGUCCAGUACUUCGCUUUGGUGUUGCUUGAAACAUGUGUUAAGAAUUGUGAGAAGGCUUUCUCCGAGGUGGCAGCCGAGAGAGUUCUUGAUGAGAUGGUGAAGCUGAUUGAUGAUCCUCAGACUGUGGUUAAUAAUCGUAACAAGGCUUUGAUUCUAAUUGAAGCAUGGGGGGAAUCGACCAGUGAGCUCCGCUAUUUGCCUGUUUAUGAAGAAACAUAUAAGAGUUUAAAAUCAAGGGGGAUCCGUUUCCCUGGUCGUGACAAUGAGAGUUUGGCACCUAUCUUUACUCCUCCUCGUUCAGUAUCUGAUUCAGAAUACAAUAGUGAUCUUCCCCAGCAGGUUCAGCUCGAUCUUCCUGUGCAGAGCUUUACAGCUGAACAAACAAAGGAAGCAUUUGAUGUUGCAAGGAACUGUAUGGAGCUUCUUAAUACAGUUUUAUCCUCUUCACCACAACAAGAUGUUUUGAAGGAUGACUUGACAGUCACCCUGGUACAACAGUGUCGUCGCUCACAAGCAACUGUCCAGAGAAUUAUUGAGACGUCAGGAGAUAACGAGGCGCUGCUUUUUGAAGCCUUGAAUGUAAAUGACGAGAUCCAGAAAGUUCUCUUCAAGUAUGAGGAGCUUAAUAAGCCUUCAGAUGUUCGUGUUGAGCCAGAACCUGCUAUGAUACCCGUCGCCGUUGAACCCGACGAGUCACCCCGUUAUGCAAAAGAAGAUGCACUGAUUAGAAAACCAGCUGGUUCUCGAGGUUCAGGCCCGGGGGGAAGUAAUGAUGAAAUGAUAGAUGAUCUUGAUGAAAUGAUAUUUGGUAAGAAAGGUGGGGGUACAUCUGUUUCCGGGCACGAUUCCAAGAAGCAACCACCAAAGGAUGAUCUCAUCACUCUUUGAACCACUUCACUCGGUAGUUUCCAUGGUUUUUAGGACGUGUUGAUACUUUGGCUUUUUAGUUGCUGAAGAACAUAUAAAUUUGAUGUUUAACAAGCAUUGGUUGUGGACUUCCUCUUGAAACUUAAUUUGUUUUUUGCUCAUCGUGUAAGUAAUUCAUGUUUAUAUCUGAUAACAUGCUUGAUGAUGGAGUUAUCUAUCAUAUAGGAGACAUUCUUGAACAAA